AAGGGCACGUUCCGGAGCAAAGGAAGCUGAGAGGGAAGGCAACACUCCUUUCCUCUUCGACCAUCUGGCCGCUCUGUUGCCAAGCAUGCUGCUCUCCUUGCUUCUCUGCGCAGGGAUUGUGAGCGGAUUCCGCCCUAACCAUGAAUCGGGAGACAUCUCUUCAAAUGACUUCACAGAUACUGACAUCACGGAAUUGGGGGCACUGCGGGCUGUAGCCUGGUACAUGGAGAAGAACCCUCUGCCUGGAAGACCUGCCAUGGCGCCCGGGGAGCUAACAAACAUGGUCCCAUUGAAUGCAACCGGGCUCUUCAAGGCCUAUUACCAAGCUGAUGUCUCUUCCAGCCGAUUCAUGAAAGCCAUCCAGGAAAUUGUCACUGGAAAUAAUCUAGUGGAAUCAUCUAACGACAACAACUACUACUACUUCUAUUGUGAACAGAUUAGCAAAAGUAUUAACCAAAUUCAAAUUCUGAGUGACUCCAUGCUUUAUAGUCUGAGAGGGGAAUUAGACUCAAGUGCCUUGGAAGCAUCUCGCCUCAGUGCUGGAAGAGCUCUUCACGUGGUUCAGAAAUUCUUCAGCAACACCAACUGGGUCGAAAUGGGAAAGGACAGCCCUUACGAAUACUUGUUAAAUCCAAAUAGUCCAGUCAUUCCCACUGCACCAGCUUCUAAGAAGACAUGUGCUAAUUGUGAAAAAGGACCAAGGAACGAGUUACAGUGUGAGGACAACCUCCUGGUGAAAGACAUGCUUACAAGUGGAUAUAAAGUUUCAAAUUCCUGUAGGAACAAACCACCAGGCAAAUGUGGGCAUGGUGGGAAAAAUGAUUUGACUCAACUGUUCCCUCCCACUGGUGGCAUCAACAAGGAGACGUCCAAUCCCGAACUUUCACCACACUACCGCCUGCAUCACAAAGCAGCAGAAUUAGCCAUCGAAGCCACCAGGAACUUUUUUGUUGGAGACGAUAUCGGCCUCUUAGCUAAAGUGGGAGAUGAUACUUUUAAGAAGUUUUUCAACCUGGAUGGUUAUUCCCUCACCUUUGUGGUGGACACGACCGGCAGCAUGUCAGAUGACAUCCGCCAAGUCAAAAUCAAAUGCAACGAACUCCUCCAAAAGUAUUCCAGCUCUCCGGACAGACCUUAUAAUUACAUCCUUGUGCCCUUCAACGAUCCCGAUUUUGGACCCGUCAUUAAGACCCAAAGUGUGGACGAAUUGGAAUCUGCAAUCUCUCGCCUGACUGCUACUGGAGGUGGUGACUGCCCAGAAAUGUCCAUGUCUGGCUUGAAACUGGCUUUGCAACAGAGCUUGCCAAGAUCUGAGAUCUUUUUCUUCAGUGAUGCUGGAGCAAAAGAUGAGCAUCUGAAGGGAGAAGUGGACAUUCUGAUUGAGUCUACUAAGUCCAAAGUGAACAUUCUCCUCACAGGCUAUUGUUCCAGCAGGAAACGCAGAGCUACGCCUCGGCCAGCAGCCUCUGGACGAGCUUACGACAACGUCUACGAAGGAUUGGCAUCCUUUUCCGGUGGCUACUAUGUGAACACGAAGAAAAAACAACUUUCUAGGGCCCUUGGCCUACUGGAGAUGUCCCUGAAUGCCGCUCCUGUUAAAAUAGCCCACAGUCGUGUGGAUGGGUCUCAGUUCUCCUUCCCUGUGGAUGAAACUCUCUCCCAAAUAUCAGUCUCAGUCAAGACUUUAAGGCGUGAGAGGUUCAACUUUAAGGUCUUGCAACCUUCAGGUGACCCAUUCACAAAACCUCGAAUGUUGGUUGACACAAGUAAUCACAAGAUCGUGAAGAUAUCUCCUAUCCCUCAGCAAGGUCGGUGGACCGUGUCUGUGACUCCCAGGGGCUCUUACGAGGUAGACGUUAGAGGCAAGAGUUUGCUUGACUUUACCUACCAGAUAAUGGAAAAGCAGAAUGGCUACAUGCUUCCAAUCCAAGGACAGCCUACAAAAGGAUCAAACUAUACCAUCUCUUUAAAGAUGCUGGGGCCAGCCAGAGGCACCCAGAUGCAGCGUCUGAUCAUUUCUGAUGGACUAGAAGGUCCUAUUCACGCUAUCAUUUUAAACCAAACUUCUGAUGCCCUCGGAAAUAGCUUGGCCCUUGCUCCGAUUCAUCUGGAUUCGUUGUCUCCGAUGCUGAAAUUAGAAGGUCUGUCUCCCAGCAACCUGCCCUUCUCACGUCUCAACAUCAAUCCUAUCCAUGUGGCGUCAGUGAGGAUUCUACCCCUGGCAGACCAAGAUAGUAACUUGUUGCCCGGUGGGAGCGUAGAGUUCUCUGUCCAGGUGGUGAAUGAUGGAUCCGCUGCAACAUUCACCUUUAACGUCCGCGAUGACCUGGGUUUCACACAGACCUUUAGACCUACACAAGGUUUCCUGAGGAAAGGAGAGAGCACCAUUCUCACGGCGACUUUUGUGGCACCUGCCAAGAGCUCUGACUUUGCCUCAAGUCUUGCAACAUUUACAGCGAAAACCAGUUCAUCGCAAAAUUACCUGACUCUGCCCAUCACUGUCAUUCCCAAAACAGCGUUGGAAACUGAAGAAAACCCACCAGUCUAUCACCUUCUCCAUUUCUAUAUGCCUUGUGGAGCUGACAGCCAGCACAGACCCAACUGCUCUCAACACAUCUGGCACAUGACAUUUUCUGCUGAGGAUGCUGAAACUGCUGUUAGUGUCCAGAUCAGCCCGGAUCCCCGUGCUUUAUCUUGUCGCCCAGAAGAGGAGGGCAAUGAUAAGAAGCUUAUCUGUGAUUACAAGUCAAGCUGCUGUUCUCCUUUAGCCGAGAUCCUGAUCAGUGAUGAGAAUGGCAACGUGAACAAUUUCACCGUGGAUUACAACACACAGCCUCCCACCCCAGCCUUGUGA